GAGAGGAGGAGCCGAAAUACAAUUAGUGCAGUGCUGUCAGUGCCAUGUGUAUAUCUUACUAAAUCUAUACAACAGAAAAAACCCAACAACAUUUAGAACAUAGUCUGAGCCAACCUCCGGAUCUGUAGGAAUCGGACCGUCGCAUAUAAGCGCGGUGAGAGGGUAGGGCGUAUGACGUAUUAAAGAAUGCGACGGACAAAUAUUGUUACGUAACAACUGCGACGGUGGUGGCAGACAUUUUGGGAAACGAUACAUACACGGCAACUAAACCAUGGGGUCUUCUAAAAAACAUAAAGAGAAAGAUCGUGAUGUUUCCACUGCAAGUGGAGGUGAUGAACGUCACAGGGAGCACAAGAAGCAUAAGCAUAAAGAACGAGAGCGUGAGAGACGCAAGAGGUCAAGGGAAAGAGAAAGAGAACGGCCACGAGAAAGGGAAGGCAGGUCCAAGUCAAGCAAAGAAUCUGAAUCACGAAAGAUAAAGAAGGAAAAACUAGAUUCUGUGUAUGAGCAUACUAUUGCUCCCAAAUCUGCUGCUGGAGAUUCAUCAUUGAGUAUUGAGGAGACCAAUAAACUUCGUGCUAAACUUGGUCUAAAACCUCUGGAAGUAAAUACAGUUAAAACUGAGAGCGGCACUAAAGAAGAUCCUGUAGCUGCUUCUGUCAUUAAUCCUAUUGCACUAAAACAGCAACAAGAACUUAGAGAGAAGUUAGCUGCUGCAAAAGAGAAGAGAUUGCUGAAUCAGAAAUUAGGUAAAAUCAAAUCUCUGGGAGAUGAUGAGCUAUGGUUAGAUGACACAGCUGCCUGGAUUGAAAAAAGCCGUAAGCUUCAGAUGGAAAAGGAAAUAGCUGAGAAGAGGGCAAAACUUCUUGCUGAAAUGGACGAAGAGUUUGGCGUUUCUAAUCUUGUGGAAGAAGAAUUUGGUCAAAAGAAGCAUUACAGUUCCCGUGAUCUUCAGGGACUCACUGUGGAACACAAAAUUAAUGCUUUCAAAGAAGGACAGACUGUCAUUCUCACUUUAAAGGACAAAGGUGUCUUAGAUGAAGAUGACGCAGAUGUUCUAGUUAAUGUAAACUUAGUGGAUAAAGAGAAGGCUGAGAAAAAUGUGGAGUUGAAGAAGAAAAAGCCUGAAUACAAACCAUAUGAAGAGGAGGAAAAUGUGGAGGACAUGGCAGUUUUCCGCCCCAAAUCAGUUCUUUCCAAGUAUGAUGAGGAGAUAGAGGGAGAGAAGAAAAAGUCAUUUCAACUGGAGUCUGGAGGAGUUGCUGAUGGGUCCUGGGAGAAGGAACUACAGAAUAUUCGGGAAUCUUUGCACAGCCAAGCUCAUACUCUGGAACUUCCACAAUCUAAACUUGCUUCGGAGUACUACACUCCCGAGGAGAUGGUCUCCUUUAAAAAAACAAAGCGACGAGUGAAAAAGAUUCGUAAGAGAGAGAAGGUUGUUCGGGCUGAUGACCUUCUAAACAUUAAUCAUGAUACCAGAGAAACUGACUUUGGAUCAAGAUCAAGGGGGCGUGGGCGUAGGCGUGUAGAGGAUUCAGACGAGGAGAACGGGAUAGAAGAAAUAGAUGAAAUACUGCAGUCUGAUGAUAUUCGAGUGGAAAGCAUGGUUAUGAGUGACCAGGAAGACAAUGAUGACUCUGCAGCAGUUAUAGAGGAAGAUGAACUUGAAAGUGAAUUACAAAAACAGUUGGAGAAAAGCAGAAGAUUAAAACAAAUUCAGCAACAAAAAGACAGCAGUGAUAAGGUUGUUGCAUUGGUCAAAAGGGUGGAGUCUCAGAAAGGUCAGGACGAAGAAGAUGACGAUGAUAAGAAAGGUUCAAUUGUAUUCAAUGCAACUUCUGAAUUCUGCAGGACCCUUGGGGAAAUCCCAACAUAUGGACUUGCAGGAAACAGGGAGGAUCAGGAGGAUCUCAUGGACUUUGAAAAGGAUGAAGCAGAUUCUGAAAAUGAGAAUGGAGAGUCUGAUGGGGAAGAGAACAUUGGUUGGAGCAUGGUGAACCUUGAUGAAGAGAAGAAUCAGCACGAUUAUUCUGCCUCUUCCACUACCAUUUUGGAUGAAGAACCUAUUGUGAACCGAGGUUUGGGUGCUGCUCUACUUUUGUGUAAGAAUAAAGGAUUGCUGGAGACAACUGUACAAAAAGUGGCUCGUGUAAAGACUCCUAAUAAGUCCCUCCCAUCUGCUGUAUACUGUAUAGAGGAUAAAAUGGCAAUAGAUGAUAAAUACAGCAGAAGAGAAGAGUACCGGGGCUUCACACAAGAUUUCAAAGAGAAGGAAGGCUAUAGACCCGAUGUUAAGAUCGAGUAUGUUGAUGAGACUGGACGCAAACUCUGUCCCAAGGAGGCCUUCCGGCAGCUGUCUCAUCGUUUCCACGGAAAGGGAUCUGGCAAGAUGAAAACCGAAAGGCGCAUGAAGAAGUUGGAUGAAGAAGCUCUCCUGAAAAAGAUGAGCUCAAGUGACACUCCGUUAGGUACUGUCGCCCUGCUUCAGGAGAAGCAAAAGGCCCAGAAGACUCCUUACAUUGUACUUAGUGGGAGUGGGAAAAGCAUGACAGCGAAUACGCUCAUCAAGUAAACAAAGCUGCAAAAUUCAGGCACAAUGAAAGACAAAAGGACAUUGCACGAUCAAUUACUAUUUUACAUUUCCAUAUACAACGGAACCUAUUGUGCUGCAACACUACUUUUUUUUCUGCAUUGUGGUAAGUCAAUUUGGCUGAAGAGAGGGAAGGAGACUACUUAAAAUAUCAAGCCAUUCUGUUAGUCAUGAUCUUUCUAAGACCGCGCUGUAUGGUUGGCAGCUGCCAUACAGAAGAAGAUAUGUGGCCUGAAUCCAUAAAUAGGAUUUUUUUAAAAGGACAAAUGGGUUUUCUGUAUAAUUGGGGAGUGCUGGAAUCCAGAAACGCUCCAGUUAUUUCUUCUCAAAAUACAACCAACAAAAUAUGUAAUAAAAGAGGUUUCAGAGAAAUCUGUGGCCAGUUUUACUUCAA